AUGAACAGAAAUACCUCAAGUGUCCCGGCAAAAACACGAUUUGCAGGCGAAAUUGGAAAGAAAGAGGAAGAUGAAAUCUGCCGAUGGGUGAUUCACCCCCGGAGUCGCAUCAGGCAUUACUAUGUUAUGUUUAUGGUGAUCUUGACAUUCGUGAACCUUAUAACGAUCCCUCUAGACAUGGCAUUUUCUGAAGACAUGCAGGGUACGGCCCACAAAUACUGGGUGGCCUUCAAUGUAUUCUCAGAUGCCAUGUUUUGCCUUGAUGUUGCCAUAAAUUUUCAAAUGGGUAUAUUCAAUGACGACGGUCAGGCCAUCCUGGAUCCAAAAUUAAUCAGAAAUGAUUAUUUCAAAAGUUGGUUUUGUCCUGAUGUGGUGGCUGCCUUUCCGGUUGACAUUGUCAUUGUUAUUGUGGAGCACUUUUAUCACGCCGACACUGAUUUGCUGAUGGCUUCGAAGCUGGUGCGGAUACUCAUGUUUGCAAGGAUUUUCAGUCUGAUCCGUUUACUCCGUGUGCCGAAGCUUCUGAGAUUCUGCUUUGAGUUGGAAAGUGUCUCUGACAUUCAGCUUGAAGAAGUCAAGAAGUUUUUCCGGGUUUUUUUCGUGUUCAUGUUGAUAAUCCUGGUUUGGCACUGGAACACGUGUCUUCACUACUUCAUAUCUAUACUGGAGGAGUUUCCCGACGACUGCUGGGUCAUGCAAGACAAUAUCAAGAAUACCACUAUCGGGGAAAAAUACUCCUUUUCUUCCUUCAGAGCUUUCUCUCAACUGGCCUGGAUUUCUCCUAAAUCUAUUCAAUCGCCAACUCGUAUGGCAGAGCGGUGGAUGGCUCUUGUGAGCAUGGUGGUUGGGCUCAUCAUGGGUUUUGCUCUUAUCGCCUGCUUGAUCGGAACAGUCGGAAGCAUAUCUACAACUGGCAAUGAAUACAAGAAAAAGAUCAGCCAGCUGCAGUCGUCCAACAUGUUCAAGAAGCUGCCCAGGGCUCUGCGCCUACGUGUCACUGCCCAGUACAAGUGGCAAUAUGACAAGAAGAACAUCCUUGAUCUAGUGUCAGAACGGCUGAGAAAGGAUAUGAUGAAAGACAUGUGCCCCAACUUGCUGAGCAAGAAGUCCACGUUCAUGAAGCAAAGCAGAGAGUUUACAGAAGCAAUCCUGGUGAAGUUGGACUACGAGUUAUUCCACGCAGAAGACGUUAUCAUUUACCAGGAUGAUAAAACUGACCACAUGUUCUUCAUUGAGCAUGGACGUGUGCUGGUGAAGAACGAAUUUCUCCAAAUGGGGCUGAGCGAUGGAGACCACUUUGGAGAGAUCAGCUUCCUGUUCGGUGGAAGACAGCUGGCCUCAGUUUCAGCCCUGACCGCCUGCAGUGUCUUCUCUUUGUCAUUACAACAUUUUGAGGGGAUCAAGGAAGAAUUUCCAGACAUUGUGAAGGAACUGAGGGAAGAAGCUCAGUUGCUCAAAAAUGAUCUUGAGGGUAAGCCGCUUUCAUAUACACUGCAGGUGACAGAAUCUCUCUGAUCGAAGUCAGUUUAACACGCUUUUCACAGCUUUACUUCUGUAAUGUUACAUAUUUGCAAGAGAAACUGAAUUGUAAUAGAGAAAAAAAUGUAGGAUGUGACUUGAAACAAUUAAAUAAGGUACAUAUUGACAUAUACACUAAGUAGAUAUGCUACACACUGAUUGCAAAGUGAUUGUAAUGAUUUUAUGACUUUAUGGUUUUUUUUAAAGGUGUUGGGCUGGAAGAAGUUACAUCCGCAUCGAACAGUGUGUGACGACGAUCAGGAUCUUUCAGUUUAAUCCACUGAAUAACAGUAUUUUCUUCAUUAAUAAUUACAAAAAUAAAAUUGACAUUAGAUUUAUAUAUUUUUGUGUAUAGGUAAGAUGCUUAAUUCUGUCAUUUUUAUUUGAAUUGUUAUUAAUGUAUAUUUUGAUGAAUAAUAUAGCAAACAAAAAAAGUUACCGUGUAUGUACUUGUAAUUUCUGUAUUAUUACAGUUCAGUCUGUUUAUUAUAUGCUUGCAGACAUCAUGACACACAGGUCCAGACAAAGAUGUUAAAUUAAUAUUUAAAAAAAAUACUUAAUAAACACAUGAUUAAAUAUUUACACCGGACAAAUCUUUCAAGCUCCGGACAAAAAAGUAGUAUUAAUGUAGUCCUUAUUUUCAUCUCUACUACUCUCAUAAUCAUGCAUAAAUAAUGCAAAUGGAAGUCUUAGAUAUAAUAUUAUUACACUGUUUGAUCCAUUUAAAAUCUAAGACUUUUUUUAAUAUGACUUUUUUAAUGUGUGUGAAAACAAAGAAACCAGAAUUCCUGUAAAAAUGCUUCUUGUCUGAAACUGAGCUGAUAAAACUGGCUGUUAUGAAUGAUUGAAAAUGCAUCACAUAAAAAGAAUAAAAUAAACCUGCGGAAAUAUCUUAAAUGGAAUAACCUUUUCCUCACUGGCAAGCAGGUAAAGAGGCCUGUGGGUUCCCGUGUGUCCUCCAGAGGGCGCAGCUCCUAAAGAUAAAUCCCCUUUACCACUUCAUUUGAAUCUUUUUGUACUCCAAAUUCUAUAAUCUUUUCAGUAUAUUCAUUGCAAAGGACCAAAAUCAGCCUGUGAAAUAGUUUAAAUACAAAACAAGACGCAUUUCCGAAAGCUUCUGCGAGGGUACGAUCAAUAUCUAGCGGAUAUAUCUGUCCUUCAACAGCAGCUCUGGG